GUUUUUGGUUCUAGUGUGAGGUCCUCCAAACAAGGGACAUGGUGGAAGCAGGCUUCAACAGAGGGCCACUGCAGCUCUUUGUGGCUCUAAGCAUCAUUGGUCGUUUGAAUGCCAUCGAGGUGUGUUCCAACACUAUCUUACCAGGAUCCAAAGGGGACCUGGGCAAGAAGGGUGAGGAGGGAGACCAGGGCAGGCUGGGCAAAACCGGACCUUCAGGACAACCAGGGUUGCCAGGGGAGACAGGAUUUAAAGGAGAGGUGGGGCAGAUGGGAAAGAUGGGCCCUGCAGGAGAGAGAGGGAGAAAGGGGGAUUCUGGAGCUGAUGGGCCUGCAGGAUUAAAGGGGAAACCAGGGACCACUUGUGAUUGUGGGAGGUACAGAAAGCUUGUUGGCCAGCUAGACAUCAAUGUGAGCAAGCUAAGGAACACAGUUCAGUUUGUCAAGAAUGUUAUUCUUGGCAUGAAGGAGACAGAUGAGAAGUUCUACCUGAUCGUGAAGGACGCCAGGAAGUACAGAGAUGCUCUGAUGAACUGUAAACUAAGGGGAGGAACGCUGGCCAUGCCCAAGAACAGAGAGGUCAACCGGCUUCUGGCAGACUACAUCAACCAGGCUGGACUCACACGUGUCUACAUAGGACUGCAGUCUGUAGAGAACAACAUGACAGCAGGAACAGAGGAGAGCGGGGUCAAUGUGUAUGCAGACUCCACCCCCCUGCAGGGAUUUGCAGGCUGGACCCUGGGGGAGGAGCCUCGUGUGACCCCUCCAACCAGAUCCAAUGCUACCUGUGUGGAGCUGCAGAACACUGGGGGGUGGAGCCAGGUGGAAUGUGACAUCACAAUGUACUAUGUGUGUGAGUUCCUGAGGAGAGGAAGAGGAGGAGGAGGCAAGGACGAAUUAAUACAUCAGGUAAGCUUUCUUGGCCUGAUUGACUUGGAGAAAUGUUCAAGGGAGUGGCAGGUGCACCUGUUGGACCAGUUUGGGACCACAUGA